GGCCAUAGAUGUCUUUCAAACGUCUUUUCAACGGAUACAUUGCUCGACGCUGCGUUUGUCCCGUCAAGCCCGUCUGUCGAGAUCUGCCCUUCUCCAUCGUCCACGGCUACAUGAGCAUCACCUCGGAGUGCUCCGUCCCCUCGGACAUCUUCCAGAUACAGGCCACCAGCGUCUCUCCGGGGGCUUACGACACGUUUUGCAUCCGGUCAGGAGACAAAAGCGCAGACUUCUACAUCAGGGUGAGAGCUGUCACAGAGCAUAGAGAGGAGUGCAAAGACCUUUUAAAGCCUCAUACUUCAGGGUUUGAUGGAUACAUUGACAUUGCAUUUCUCAGGUAUGUCACAAUGUGUUGUUUUUCACACUCGCAGGAUGUAAGACAUUUUAACCUGUGUUAUUGAAGUGUAAAAACCUCAGGAAGUUGUACCUUGUUUAUCCGUGUGCUAUGGCGGGGCCAGGCCACA